GCGGGCAAGGACCAAUCAAAUAUGAGUCCGCCGGGAGGUGCGAGGGCCGUUACGCUCGCGGGAGGCCAACUUCCCUGACGGGCGAACGUAGGAUCGGGUUAGAAAUGGGGCCUCGGGGCCUCGCCCUCUUCUUCUGGGCCGCGCUGAGCCCCGCCUGUGCCGACGUGUAUUUCCGCGAGCAGUUUCUGGAUGGAGCUAAGUGGAAAAACAGAUGGAUAAAUUCUCAAUAUAAAUCUGAUUAUGGGAAGUUUAGACUAACAGCUGGAAAGUUUUAUGGAAAUGCAGUCAGAGACAAAGGUCUGCAAACUACCGAAAAUUCUAAAUUUUAUGCCAUUUCAUCACGAUUUAAACCAUUUAACAAUAAAGGAAGAUCUCUGGUCAUUCAAUAUACAGUAAAACAUGAGCAGAAAAUAGAUUGUGGUGGUGGAUACGUUAAGGUCUUUUCCUCAAACUUGGAUCAGAAAAAUAUGAGUGGAGAUUCACAGUAUUACAUUAUGUUUGGACCAGAUAUCUGUGGAUCUGAAACAAAGAAAGUCCAUGUUAUUUUAAAUUACAAGAGUAAACCUCAUCCAAUCAAGAAACAAAUCAGAUGCAAGGUUGAUGGAUUCACUCAUUUAUACACACUGAUUUUAAGACCAGAUCAGACUUAUGAAGUGAAAAUUGAUAAUGAAAUAGUUGAAUCGGGCAAUUUAGAAGAUGAUUGGGAUUUCUUGCCGCCAAGGAAAAUAAAUCAUCCUUCAGCAAAGAAACCCAAGGACUGGGAUGAUAUACCUCAAAUUGAUGAUCCAAAUGAUGUCAAGCCUGAGGAUUGGGAUGAACCUGAAUACAUUCUGGAUACUAGUGCCGAGAAACCUGAAGAUUGGGAUAAUGCAACAAAUGGAGAAUGGUAUCCUCCUAUGAUCAAGAAUCCAUUAUACAGGGGUGAAUGGAAACCAAGGAAGAUUGAUAACCCAAAUUAUAAAGGCAUUUGGCCCUAUCCACAGAUUGAAAACCCAAACUAUUCACCAGACUUCAAUAUCUAUAGUUAUGAGAACAUUAGCAUCAUUGGACUAGACCUCUGGCAGGUGAGAGCUGGAACAAUUUUUGAUAACUUCUUGAUCACAGACAAUGAAGAAUUUGCUGAAGACUUUGGAGAUCAAACCUGGGGUGAAACAAAGGUAAUGGAUGAGCUCUUCACCCUUCCAGUGUGGCCCCUUUUUGCAGUAAAAAGGCUGGAAUAGUGCAAAGAGGUCCAAAAA